UUGGGUUUUAAAGAACAAACCUCUACCGUCAAUGCAUUAACCAAUAUAAUAGAUACAAUUAACCAUGCCAUAGCCAAUAAAGAACAGGUACUCGCAGUUUCAUUAGAUAUCCAAGCUGCCUUUGAUUGUGCCUGGUGGCCGGCAAUAUACCGCCGACUACAUAAAAUUAAAUGCCCCCGUAAUAUUUAUUCUAUCCUGCGUAGCUACUUUCAAAAUCGAUCUGCAACUAUCCAUUUUGGAGACAGCACGGUUAGUAAAACUCUGACGAGAGGUUGCGUCCAGGGUUCGGUCUGUGGCCCUUUUCUUUGGAAUUUAAUUGUGGAUGAACUUCUUGACAUAGACAUGCCACCCGGAGUUACGAUACAAGCAUUUGCGGAUGAUAUAGUCCUCCUUGUACACGCCAAAUAUAGUAAUGAUUUACAGCUUAACGCAAAUAAUGUUUUAAAUAUAAUAACUAAGUGGACUCGCGAGAUGAAACUUACUUUUGGAGUUGCCAAGACACAGGCCAUCGCAUUUACUUGCAAGGCUGCAAAAUGCAAACCAUAUAUGUCUGGUCAUCAGGUGAUGUUUUCCAACGAGAUUAAGCUUCUAGGUGUUUUAAUAGACAAACAGCUAAAAUUCAUCAAACAUGUAACUUACAUAGUCAACAAAGUCCGUAAACUAUACAAAAAAUCGGCCUUAAUUACCCGGUCAACUUCAGUGAAAAGUGAGGUAGAUGAAGACGAAUGCCAAGACGUGAAAAUGCAAGAUAAGACAGAGGCUAUUGAUUCGGAAGAUGUAUCAUUUUGGCGUGUGGUUCGGCUUAAUGCACCGGAAUGGAAAUCAGCUUCUGCAGCUAGUAUCUCCUCUCUAUUAAGUGGAUUCGCAAUGCCACUGUUCGCCGUUAUUAUUGCUGAUUUUAUAGGGAUAUUUUCGAAUCCUAACUUAGAAGAGGUUAGGUCCAAAGUGAUAAACUACGCCAUCUUGUUCAUCGUCAUAGGUGUUGCCUCGGGAAUCGCCAACUUUAUAGUGGUAUAUUACUAUGGUGUAGCCGGGGAGUACCUGACAACAAGGUUGCGAAUUUUAUUAUUUAAACACUUACUUCAACAAGAAAUUGCAUAUUUCGAUGAUAAGGCUAACUCUACAGGAGCUCUCUGUGCCCGACUGUCUGGUGAAGCGGCCGCUGUGCAAGGGGCAACUGGGCAAAGAGUCGGCACAGUACUCCAGGCAAUAGGAACAGUCGUAUUAGCUGUUGCACUCUCACUUUAUUACCAAUGGCAAGUUGGCUUGGUUGCUCUCAGCUGCGUGCCAGUGAUGGCUAUAGCCCUUUAUUAUGAAAGCAAAUUGACUAACGAUGCGAAUUCAGGAACUACAAAAUCUAUGGAAACUAGUUCAAAGUUAGCAGUGGAGGCAAUUGCUAACGUACGCACGGUGGCAUCCCUAGGACGGGAAGAUAUGUUUGUCAAAGAAUACGCAAUGCAGCUUAAGCCCGCUCUUGUACAAGCAAAGAAAACGUCUCACUGGCGUGGUAUAGUUUUUGGUCUUUCAAGAAGCAUUUUCAACUUCGCGUAUGCCGCUUCUAUCUACUAUGGAGGGAUACUUAUGAUUUACAAGCACGUUGACUACGUACUCAUUCUAAAGUCAACCGAAUCACUUCUUAAUGGAGCGAGUUCCGCAGGUCAAGCCUUUGCUUUUGCACCCAAUUUCCAAAAAGGAAUAAAGGCAGCCGGGAGGAUAAUUAAGAUUCUUAAUAAGCAGUCUAAAAUUGUAGAUCCUCCCAAGCCAGCAAUUGAGGACUUCAAAGGAAGCGGAGAAGCAAAUUUGCAAAAUAUCGACUUCAAAUAUCCAACUCGUCCUAUGGUACAAGUACUGAAAAAUAUGAACCUGGCGAUACCACGUGGCGAAACAAUUGCUUUAGUGGGGGCUAGUGGUUGUGGCAAGAGCACAGUCAUUCAACUUCUGGAAAGGUACUACGACCCUGAUAGCGGCACAGUGAGCCAAGAUGGUAUUCCUCUACCAAAACUUCGUAUGGCUGAUACCAGACAAACUAUUGGCUUUGUGCAACAAGAACCUGUCCUAUUCGAUCGCACCAUAAGCGAGAAUAUAGCCUACGGCGAUAACUCCAGGUCUCCUAGUAUGGAAGAAAUUAUUGAAGUUGCAAAACAAGCGAACAUACAUAACUUCAUAAUUUCCUUGCCAAUGGGGUAUGAGACAAACAUUGGCUCGAAGGGUACUCAGCUAUCAGGAGGACAGAAGCAGCGAGUGGCCAUUGCUAGAGCACUUAUACGAAGACCUAAAAUGCUUUUACUUGAUGAAGCUACUAGUGCAUUGGACACUGAAAGUGAAAAAGUGGUGCAAGAGGCGCUGGACGCUGCAAAAGCGGGGCGCACGUGCGUGAUGAUUGCACACCGCCUGAGCACGGUGCGCGACGCAGACCGCAUCUGUGUGCUGCGCGACGGCCGCGUCGCGGAGAGCGGCACGCACGCACAACUCAUGCAGAUGCAAGGACUCUAUUACAAACUCAGUCGACAAGGUCAUAUGUAA